GUGCAAAACGUCAAAGUUUAUGUCUGCAUGAGGAGGAAGCAACAAACGCGCGUACCAUGGACAAAUUAGCAAUAUUUAAGUUGUUAUUUUUCUUAUAUUUAUGUGGACAACAAUCUACUGAGGCAACAAAAUUGAACUUUCCUCGAGUUCUGUUGCCCAUCUUUGAUAAAAUCUCUAUAAACUUCACUUUGCAAGUUAGUGAAAAAGGAUGCUAUAAAUGGACUUCCUCUCGGCAGGAUUUAAUUCUAAUUACACCGCUGUAUGAAGAUGCUGAUGACAAUGAGUGUUCCUAUGAAGCAACAGUAACUGUUUUAACACGGGAACGUAGGCGAAACACCGCCAUCGUUCUGGCUGAAAAUGUAGCCACUGGUGAUUCGCUGCGGUGCGAUGUUAUUUUGGAUGUUAUCGAUCGUCUUGGUGUUGAGACAACAACGCGUCAAUUAUAUUUAGAGGAAGCACCGGAAACUUUUGUUCUACAUGCGGAAGAUACACAAGGCAAUGUAUUUACUACUCUGGAAGGUGUUGAAUUUAACUGGGUAAUAUCCUCGCUGAAUAAGGACAGUAAGGAUUGGUCGUCGGCUUUAAGAUUUUUAACAUUCACUGAAAGUCCCUACCAUGAAGUUCCUAAAGCAUUGGAGAAAUUUGAAGCACAGGGUCUUAAGGGAUACAUGGUGCUAUUAGAAGGCAUUAAUACCGGAACAGCAAAGGUUACUGUUAAUCUUCCGUAUACAGAGUAUGGCUAUGUUCGACCUAUUGUAGUAUACAUCAAUGUUUUGGCCAAUAUUAUUUUGGAGCCAUCAGAUGUCUAUGUUUUACCAGGCGACACUAUCAAUUUCCGCAUCUUGCAAUUAAAAACUGGCAAAUUGCAAGAGAUUUCUCUAAACAAUCAGUAUUUCUUAGAAAUCGAAGACGUUAACAUCGCCAGCAUGAAGGGCGUUUCAGCCACGGGCCUUAAAGCUGGCACCACUAUGGUUGUGUUGCGUGAUCGCAAUGUUCCCAACGAUGGUAGCAUUACGGGCGACAGCGAGGCCAUGAAAAACGCUGUGCCAAGCGCACGUUUAACAGUUGCCCAUCCCAAAAAAUUAGGUUUGAGCUUAUUGCCACAUAACAAUUGGAUAACCGUUGAAGGAGAAAAACACGAAAUUGCAGUGGAUUUAUUCACACACGAUGACCAUAAAAUUACUUUAGGAUCCCGUUACUCAGUAAAUUCUGAAUUGGACGAGUCACUGUUUUUUAUACAAAAGCGUAGCAAGAAUGGAUCCCGUCUAUAUGGAGAAGCCAUAAGGGAGGGUAUUACACCAGUAUACGGAACUUUCAAAGAUUUGACCGCCCAAGCUGAAUUACAAAUUUACAGUGAAUUAACAUUAUCACCUGCCAAAGUGAUUUUGCCCUUUGAUCCCAAUAUUGUCAAGACCCAAAGAAUUCAAUUCCAAGCCAAGGGUGGUGACGGUUCUUACGUUUGGAUGUCCCAUCAGCCACGUUUCUUGCAUAUAACACAAAAUGGUCUAGCCACUACCGUAAUAAGGGAUUCAAAUGUCAAGGGUGGUCUUGAUACCUACGAUGGGGCUACUGGAACCUUGUUGACUGCACACGCCCACAUUAAAGUGGCCUUGGCAAAAAAUCAGAAAAUUUCACGACAAGCGGAUGUGUACUUUGUGCCACCAGUCAAAUUACAAAUUGUAAAAUAUAACUUUGAAACAGCUCUAAAGGAUUACGUUCAAUUGCAUGUAGCAAUUUAUGCAUAUGUCAAUAACACACUUAUGCCGCUGACAAAAUGUGAAAAUCUUGUCUUUGAUUAUGAGUUUUCCAACCAAAUAUUCCAAGUUGAUUACAACGCAGCCUCAGCGGCAGCUUCAGAAUUGGCUCCGGAGGCUUGUCAGAUUGUGUAUUUGCGCAGCACAGCAAUUGGACUUACCCACCUUAAAUUAUCGUACAAAUUCCGGGAAAAACUUUUAAAAGACGAAGUAACCCUGAGUGUCUUUGAUCCAUUAACUGUUCUUAAUCCGUCAGAGAACCACGUUGUUCUCCCCAUUGGCUCAUCGCGAAAUGUCAUUUACACAAAUGGUCCCCAGAAAAUAUACACACUCGAAGCUGAGUUGACCAAAGGUGUCGAUUACAACCACAACAUUGCUAGGGUCUCUGAAAUUGAAUUUGACACACAGAACAAUAUGUAUGCCUUUACUGUGUUGUGUAGAGAAGUAGGCGAGACAUCUUUGGAAUUCAAUGUUUUCAAUGCAUUGCUUACACCGAAUUUUCAGCCAUAUCACUCCAAAAUAACCACCAACAUCUAUUGUGUGAAACCAAGAUUUCUUAAUUUAUACACGCGGGAACAACUGCGAUCAUCGUGUCCAUUAGAAAUGAGAAAUGCUUUGCUACAGCUUAAGGAUCAAGAUGACAAAUUUGAAAUCGAAAUUGAGGUUCAAGAUGCUAAAAAUCGUAAGCUGAUGAAUAUAACUUCAUUAUUUAUUGAUUGGGAGUUUGCAGCUGGGGAGCAACGUUACCAUAGUGGUGCCAUUAUACACCAUCGGCAAGCCGAAGAAGAAUACUUGGAAGGUAUUCGUCUUCCCGGCAAGGAUAUUUUGGUAACCCAGUUGAAUGAAGUGGCACAAAAUUUCCGUAUCAAAGGUGUUGUAACAAAAUAUGAUGACUUGGUAUUGCGAAAACAAAACAUAUAUCCAGAAGAGCCUCCAUUCGGUAUCAAAAAUCCCAAAACUGGAGAAAUUGUAACCCCCCUUAUUGAAAAUGAAAUUCGUUUUAUGACGGUCAAUAGUACAUUCUUCCCUUCGGAUCACAUCAGCAUUUUCUUGGCCAAGGGUCGUCGUGAACGCAUACCAAUGUCUCAAGGUAGUGGUUUCUAUGAUUUUCAACUAUCGGAAUCAGGAAUAGUCAAAGUGGAAUUCGAUAACAAGGAAAAAGAAUUGAUUGUUUCCCCUCUACGAAUUGGCCAUACUCGUCUUGAAUUGAUUGAUCGCUGCUUAAUGAAUGAACCUGCUCAUUUAUCCAUCUCGGUGGUAAGCAUUGGAAGUAUUCGUGUGGAGGUUCCGGAUCGAGUGGAGCGCACAAAGUCUAUAGAAGCAAUUGUUAAAUUGUAUGACUCACAUGAUAACCUGUUAAAUAUUGAUCCAUUUAAUUUACAAAUUUAUGAAUUGACGGAAGAAGUCUUUAAUUCGAAUAUAUUAAGUCUUCAAUUGGGAGAACAAGUCGAUUUGGGAAUUGGAGAAAUUAGAUAUAUUAUAACAGGUAAUAAUUUAGGUGAAACUAAAAUAGUUUUCAGUUCCGGCAGCGGGGAGAUGUUGGUAUCCAGUGAGCCAGUAAAUGUUCAAGUAUUCCCUCCUUUACGUUUGUAUCCACGCAACACUACACUGGUUGUAGGUUCAAGUGUUCAAAUUUACUACCACGGUGGACCACAUCCAGAUGUAAACAUAGUCUACCAUGUGCACGAUCAAAAGGUUAUAAGCAUGGAAUCAGCCAUAGUAACUGCAUUUAAAUUGGGCGAUACUAAAAUUAGUGGAAAAUGUGUAAUGACAAAUCCUAUCAAUGGCAAAGAGGUUGUAGUUUCCGAAGAUACUGUGGAUGUACAUGUAGUACCUUUGGUCAAUAUACAAAUUAAAACACCACUGGUUCGUAUUCGUAGUGGUGCAGUUAUGCCAGCUUAUAUAUGGGGUUCUCCUGAUCUAUCGCCCAUGGUAUUGGGUACAUUGUCAAAUAUGCAUAUAACAUGGUCAACUAAUCAACCCGACGUGAUUAACAUUUACAACAUUUUUGCUGAUGCUGGCAUUGAAUAUUCGGACACAGAUCUCAUUUCUGUUCGCGUUAAAGCCUUAAAUCCCGGCAAGGCAAAAAUCCAGGCAACAGUUCAAUUACCGGGUGGACAGAAAAUUUCUACUUUUGUCGAAGUAGUCGUUUUCAAACAACUUGAACUGGAAUCCCCAAAACACAUAACGACGGAUACAAUUCUGCUAGCACCACGUAGCUCCAUUCAAUUGAAAGCGAACUUAGACGAUGUCCUCUAUAGACUGUCCAGCGAUAGCAAUGCAAUAGUGAAAGUGACACCAGAUGGCAUUGUCCGAACACAAGAGACUCUGGGCCGAGAUUUAGUCAUUGCGAAAACAUUUGAUCAAACUUUAGCUAUCGGCAUUGAGGUUAAGAAUGUCCAAUACAUUAUGGCCGCGCUGGUGUAUCCCACAAUCAAACUAAAGAAUACCGAAGAGAGAAUUCCACGUGGCAUGAAUUUCGUGCUGAAAGUUUCGUUGCAUGACAAUUUAGGCAAUGAAUUCUCGCACAAUAUCGAAGAUGUCAACGGCUUGAAAUAUGAUUUAUCUCAUAAGGACAUUGUGGAUGUUCAAAUUGGCAAUAACUUAACUGUUGCGAUAAAUCUGCCACGUGAAACGAGCAACAUGAUUGCCAUAAGUUUAAAGGAUGCUACGGGAGUUAAGCAUGCUGAGGAUUAUAUCAAACUGUCAGUUGGCGAUUCCAAGCAUAUUUAUCCAACUAAGACAAUUUUCUCUGUCGGUGAUAUUAUAUGCUUUGAUUCUCCGCUGCCAUUGUCAUCGAUUUGGAUGAGUUCGGAUGAACAAAUUAUCGCCAUCGACAGUCGAACAGGAGUUGGCAGAGUACUUGGAAAUCGUUAUAAAUUGGGCGAAAAAGUGCUCGUUACCAAUGGCGAUAAGGCAAGCGGCAAUUUUAUAAAAUAUGAUGUUGAAGUUCGUGAUGCCGAUGUGAUACAAUUUGAAAAAUCCUAUGAUAUAUUCAGUGGAUCCCUUUAUCGAGGACAUUUUGUUGUUCGCAAUCACUUGCAAGUGGAUAAAUUUAUAAAUUUGGUGGCCAAAAAUAUAUCAAAAUGUUCGACACUGCUGGAGAAAAUUCCUGUGAAAUUAUUCACUUGCGUUCUUAAAUCCAAACAAACUUUGGGUCAAAAACUGUUGGAACAUUACAAGGUAACACCAAUAUUUGAAGCUGAGACGGGUCGCUAUGCCUGUCAAAUUGAUUUGAAGACAACGUUCAAUGAGAUUCUGUCUAUUGUCAAAACCAAUGACAUUCACUUUGAAAUGGAGGUAUCUCUGCCCAAUGGUCUGACCGAUAAUAUCUCACUUAAGUUUGUUCCCGGCAUUAAAGUUACACCCGAAGCGUUUGCAUCUGAAAAUGAUGCAGCUGAACAGGAUUUAACAAUAACUGGCCUUGAUAAAGUCUUGCAAAAAGUUGAGGUUAAACCUUCGGAUCCCGCAUUUUUGAAAGUGUCCGUUCACACAAAAGCUCAUGGCUCUAUUCAGUAUAAAAUAAAAAUUUUGAAACAACUGCCAUUGGAUGAGCAAAUAUUCGUCCAGGUUGUUUCGCCAUCAACAAUGCAAGAUAUCCAGAUUCCCGUCCUUGGCUCAACAACGCUGCAGAAGUGCUCCAGUAAGCCAUUCAAUACGUCAUCGGCCUUCAUGGUUAAAUUAUUGUCAAAUAUUGGCUUAAUUGUUGUUGCCAUUGUGAUUCUGGCCGCUACUGUUUGGUUGUAUUUAUAUUUGAAUCCUUCAAGUGGCAGCACUCAAAUAAACCCAGACGUGUUUUCAACGUCUGCAAAAAACAAAUCCCAGUUCUCGCAGAGCAGUAGUUCCGGCUCACCCAUGAGCCCAUCGCCACAGGGUUUACGCUCUCCAUUUGCCAAUCGUGGUAGCCCAGAUAGUGUUGGCAGUUUAUCGCCUGGAAAUGAUUCUUUAGUUUAUGGCGACACAAGCAUAGUAUCCCCCCAAAAAAGGAUACAUCGUAGAUAUUUAUGAGAUGAUAUUCUGUAAUUUAUUUAUAUUUUAUGAGGAAACACUGCCACCAGCAAAAGCAACAAACAACAAGAACAACAGCAACAUCAUGAACGACAACAACAACAUAGUCAACACCAACAACAUUGUGCCACACACGGACACAGUCAUGCAUCGUAUUUGUGUUUGUUGUUUUUAUUUUAUUUUUAUUUUCAACCUUCUACUCUCCUACUACGUCACCAAGGCCAAGACUGAAGCUGAACAGCGAUAGACCAAACAGGCUCUAGCUACUAACAUCCUAACAAUCAUCAUAGUCGUCCUCGUCGUCAUCAACAACGUUUGGUGGUUUUUUUCUACAACUUUCAGUAACUACGACAUGAGCAUAAACAUCAACUACAACAACAACAGCAGCAGCAGAAACAAAAACAAUAACCACAAACGAAUAAAAAACAACAACAGAGGCAAGAAAAACAAUUGUUACAUCCUGACAUACAAACGUACAUGUGAACAUGCGAAAGGGAGAGUAUGUGUUACUUUAACUACCCACAAUAGACCCCAAGAGCUGUACACAUAGUACCACCCUACACCUAUACACACACACACCCAUGCAAUGCGAAAUGUAGUAUUCAUUCAUAUUUAUGUAUACAAACAUAUAUGGACAUGUUGUGUUUAAUCCUUCUUUCCCCCAUUACCACCAUAGAUAUAUAUUUUUAUUCGUCUUUGUAGUUUAAGGAUUUUUUUGCAAUGAAGAGUGUGCUCCAAAAAAGACAUUAGGGUGUGUCGAACUUCGUGUUGUAUAUAAUUUAGGAGCAAAUUCUUGCAUUCGUUAUCCAUCAAAUUUUCAUUGAAAUUAAUUUGAUAAGAAAAAACAACUGGUUUCUAACGCUAGGUUUCGAUAUAGGUCGAUUGAAAUUUAUUAUAAAAUCCUACAGAAAUGUACAUAUUCAAACUCAUUUUAAUAGAUUUUUCCGGUAGCGCAUGCAAGAAUUUGACCCGGGCUUUUUCUUUAAAUUCAAAUAAAGUCGAAUUAGGGUGAGUUUGUUUUGUAGUUAGUAAUUCACUCGGAUUCGGUUGUUUCGAACUGUUCUUUAUUUCGUUAUAAAUGUUUGAUUUCAGAUUAAAUCCAAAGUGUAAAUUUAUCAUACAUUUAUUACAUAUAUGAAAGUGGGAAGUCCAUACCCUAGUUGUUGAUAUUAUCGAUUUAUAACCUACAUAUCUUUCAAAUGUGAAGUAAUAGAUUUCUUGUCCUAUUUGCGAAAUAUUUAAUGUAUUUUUCUCUUUACUCCUUUUACAAAACUGAUGACUAAUGAAUUGUUUUACAUGGGUUCUAUUGACAUUUGAGUGUAAUUUAUCUACCCAUGCCUUAUAAAUAUAUUAUUUCUACAAUAUGUGUUUAAUAACAACGAAGGUUUUCAAAUAUGCAAACUAUUUUCAAAUUAAAAUGUUAUAUUUUUUGACAAUUUCACAUUAUUUUAAAUUCAGUUCAAAAUUUUACAUUAAACUUCCAAAAUAACAUUCUUUAUUUGGAUUUAUUACAGAAAAACGUUUUCCGAAUUAGAUAUAAUUUCAUUAUAAUAAAUCAAAAUUGUUCGAAUCAUUUCUUCUUCUUAAGAAAUAGUUAUAUGAAGUGUAAUAGAUUCCACUUGCACGUAGAAAUGGAGUAGUGUAUUGAUAAUGGCGACGUUAUGUAUAUUCAAUUUAAAAUCUAGUUCCUACUUUAAUGAAAACAUAUCCCCAUUUUAUACAACAUAACUUUCGGCACAAACUAACUACACCAAAACGCUCAUACACACACAAACACACAAAGUCAUUCAUAUAUAAAUAUCGUUAGGAAUUCUAGUUAAGUUUUUGAAGCACUCUUUGUAUUCCUCGUGCAUUUGUUUUUCUUUUACUUCUACAUUAUUUUCCGUUUGCUCUGUGUUUUUGUUCAUUGAUAUAUAUUUUCUUCUAUUUUCCCCCUUUUGGUAUGUACACACGCACACAUUUAUAUGUAUUACGUUGGUUUUUUGUUUUGUUAUGUUUCCUUUUCUCGUUGGGAACUUUAUUAUUUUGUCUCUCCCACUAAGUACUGCUAAAGAAAUGUAUCCUUUAAUUUACUCGUUUAUUAUAUUUUUCUUUACUUCUUUCUUUACUCUUUUUCUAUGACUUGGAAGCAUUAGUUUUAAGUUCAUUUUCAGUCACUUAACAUUUAAGAAAUUAACUUUAGACAUAAUAAUUACUAAUUGUUUUAUUCUAAUAAAUAAAUAAAAAAACACUGAACAAGAAAAACAAAACACAA